GUGAUCGUAGUGUCACGUCAAUCGAACCGGAAGUUACGUAUUUCUAUACGUCGUCCACGUAGCUGGUGAAAUUAAUGUCAGUGGUGGUUUUUCGUCAAUCACAGAGAACAGUGUUUGAAGUAAACGCAAGCAGUAAGCAACAAAACACAAUCAACGAUGGAUCAAGUCACGAAAUUAGUUGAACCUGGCCGCCAGUUUGCCAAAGACAGCAUUCGUCUCGUCAAAAGAUGCACAAAACCAGACCGCAAAGAAUUCCAAAAGAUAGCUAUCGCUACCGCCAUUGGAUUCUGUAUCAUGGGCUUCAUUGGUUUCUUCGUGAAAUUAAUCCACAUUCCCAUCAACAAUAUCAUUGUAGGCUCAUAAGGCUAGGCUACAACUGAAUUGUUUUAACUCUUAAGGUCCAUCAAUGUUAAUUUUCCCACCACCACCCCACCCAUUCUCCUUCUCCCGACCUCUUUAAUUUAUAUCAACGAAAUUAUUAUGGCUGAAUUACAGUAUGUGAUGAUAUGAGUGUGUGAAAAUGAAUUUUGUAAUAAAACUAGUAUUGAACAAAAAUCAUUUCCCGAGUAAUUUGUCCUUUGAAUAACAGGUAUAAUGUGCAGUGAAAAAAUUUGCAAUUUGUAAAGAUAAUGGGAACGAGGAUGUAAAUUGGGAAUAAAAGUGACAGUUCAAGGCACUUUUACACUUUUAUUUAAAGAAUAGAAUUUUUUUCUUCAAGUACAAUACAUAGUAAAAUUUGAAAAGCCAUUUUUUCCAUUGAUUUAAAAAAAAUUUCAGGGCAAUUUCACUUUUCAAUUCGUCGAUAUCUUUUUCAACAGAAAAAUAACUAUCGCAUGGGAACCCAUAGCCAGGUACUGAGUAUAGAAGGAUAUAAAUAUCAAUUCAGCCACUUUAUCCGAUUGAUGAAAAUAAAAAUUGGUAUUAAAUAUUUUUGUAAUAGAAAAAAAUAUAUAUAUAAUAUAUUAUGUAAAUCAUACUUAUAACUAAUGUGCAUUGCGUAUCACGCUGGCAGUAUGCUGUGAACAAAUAUCUCAGGGAGUUAUUUUUUUUUUUUUUAUAUUCCUUCAAUUAAAUUGAUACCAUCAAAUCGAAUAAAAGGUUUGGCAAUUAAUAGAUUAUAUUAGACGAAGUUUAAAGCUAGGAAGCGUUAAAAAAACAAAAACAUUUGAGACUCUUGACAUAUGUGGAGAUUUCUUUUAAGGAAAAAUAAGCUAUCUCCAAAUAGUUAUCGAAUCUCCUGCUAAGGCAAUGCAACGUCAUUUAAAACAUUGAUAAAUUUGAAAGAAAAAAUGUUGUAAUCUAUCAUUAAAUGGUGAUAACGUUUCAUGGAAGCAUCUAAGUCCUUGGACUUUAUGCGUUUGUUUUCGUUUUUUGUGUGAUUUUUUUUUCUCUACAAGCAUUUCGCUAGUAUGCAAUUAACUAGUUAAUUACGCGAAUGCUCAAUCAUCAUCAUUCAAAGUGUGUUUGUAACUCGCAACAUAUUUCCUCCAUUGAUAUAUUCUUCAAAAAAAAAAAAAAAAAUACAUAUACAAAUAAUGGUCUUUGAACAUUGAAUACAAAAUCUCGCGAGAACAAGAGUGACAAAUUGUUGAUCGUAACGACAUGUUGAGGGUAUUUGAAUUAA